GGUACCGGCUCCGUCACUUCCUGGGCCGGAAGGUUCCAGAGGUUCCACGGGGAGCCGCCAUGGCCGUGGCGCGGGAGGAGUUGCAGAAAGAUUUGGAAGAGCUUAAAGAACUGCUUACGAAUGCCACUAGGAAGCGGGUGCGUGAUGUCCUUGUGGCAGAGAAACAAAAGCUGGAGCUGGAAAUCAAGAAUCAGCCUCUGCCGAAGCCAAAAGAUGUGGCAGAGGAAGAAAAAUCAUCGCUGGGAGGGUACACAGUGAAAAUAAACAAUUAUGGUUGGGAUCAGUCAGAUAAGUUUGUUAAGAUUUACAUCUCUUUAAAUGGUGUCCAGAAGCUUCCAGCUGAGAAUGUGCAGGUGAAUUUCACAGAGAGGUCAUUUGAUCUUCUAGUGAGGAAUCUGAAUGGGAAGAACUACACCAUGACCUUCAACAACCUCCUGAAGCCCAUCUCUGUGGAAGGCAGCUCUAGAAAGAUAAAGACAGACAUGGUCCUUGUGAUGUGUAAGAAGAAGCGGGAGGAAAAAUGGGAUUGUCUCACUCAAGUGGAAAAAGAAAGCAAAGAGAAAGAGAAGGCUGCCUAUGACACCGCAGAUCCUAGUGAAGGGCUAAUGAACAUUUUAAAAAAGAUGUAUGCGGAAGGGGACGAUGAGAUGAAGCGCACCAUCAAUAAGGCCUGGGUUGAAAGCAGAGAAAAGCAGUACAAAGGUGACAUACCAAUGGAUAUCUGAAAGUACUCUAAGGGCCGCCUUAAAACUGAUCUUCCAUGUGAGACAUGCUGUGCUGCAAAGAUCAUCGUUUACAUAACCUUCUUCCAAGCAAAGACAGUCAUUUUCCAUUUCAGGUUGGAGAAAAUAUUUAAAUAAAAUAGCUUAUAAAGCAUUUCCUUCA